AUGGAUGGAUUCAAGAGUUGCUCAGACGACACAUUGAGUAACUUUCAUAGGUCCUGGGCUGAUCUGGACUCACGUUUCCAUCUGCUUUUCCAAAUCCCCAGGUCCCUGUGGUUCCCCUCGGACUUGGCUGAGCUGCGGGAGCUCUCCGAGGUGCUUCGAGACUACCGGAGGGAGCACCAGGCCUACGUGUUCCUGCUCUUCUGCAGUGCCUACCUCUACAAACAAUGCUUUGCCAUCCCCGGCUCCAGCUUCCUGAAUGUUUUAGCCGGUGCUUUGUUUGGGCCAUGGCUGGGGCUUCUGCUGUGCUGUGUGUUGACUUCAGUGGGUGCCACGUGCUGCUACCUGCUUUCCAGUAUGUUUGGCAAACAACUGGUGGUCUCCUACUUUCCUGAUAAAGUGGCCCUGCUGCAGAGCAAGGUGGAGGAGAACAGAAACAGCUUGUUUUUUUUCUUACUGUUUUUGAGACUUUUCCCCAUGACACCAAACUGGUUCUUGAACCUCUCGGCCCCGAUUCUGAACAUCCCCAUUGGGCAGUUCUUCUUCUCUGUGCUUAUUGGUUUGAUCCCCUACAACUUCAUCUGUGUGCAGACAGGCUCCAUCCUGUCAACCCUUACCUCGCUGGAUGCUCUUUUCUCCUGGGAAACUGUCUUUAAGCUGCUGGCCAUCGCUCUGGUGGCCUUAGUUCCUGGAACCCUCAUAAAAAAGUUCAGUCAGAAAGACCUGCAUUUGAACGAAACAAGCAAUGCCAAUCAUCUAAACAGCAGAAAGGCCAUGUGAUCUGGAUGGUUUUGGUUGUGUGUCCCUGGACUCUCCUGCUUCUGUGUGUCAUGGCUGUGGUCCUCUACAGCCCCUCCUUGUUUUUUAAUUACCCUCAACGGGUGGCGUGGACAGUACUCAUCCGGGCGCAGUGUC